AUGCCGCUCCUCCACGGCGCCAGCCUCCGGGCCCUCCUCGCCGGCGCCGCCGUGGCGCACCUCUCCUCCUUCCCCAUCGUGCGGGCAUCCCCGUGCGCUCCUCCCCAGCCGCUGCGGCUCCGCGCCUUCGCCUCCCACAGCGCCUCGGAACCUCCGCCGCCGCCCCCCUCCUCGCCCUCGCCCUCCACCUCGCGUGUCCUCGCCUCCGCGGCAGCGGCGUGCGACUGCGAGGAGGGGGCGAAGCCCGCGAUCUGCACGGCGGACGAGCUGCACUACGCGCCCGUGCCAGGCACCGAGUGGCGGCUCGCGCUCUGGAGGUACCGCCCGCCGCCUGAGGCGCCCAAGAGGAACCACCCACUGAUGCUGCUGUCCGGUGUGGCCACCAAUGCGGUGGGAUUCGACCUGUCCCCUGGGGCUUCCUUUGCCCGUCAUAUGUCUAUGCAAGGGUUUGAUACAUGGAUUGUUGAGUUGCGUGGUGCAGGCCUCAGCACACGUGGAUCAGAAUUAGCUGCAGCUAGCACCAAGUCUGACAUGUCCUCUAAUUCAGGUGUGGAUAAAAUUUUGACACAGAAAGUAAAUGUUGUUCCUCCUGCCAAGGAUAUGUCAACUAAUGAACCUCAAAGUUCUGAAGUUCCAGUACUAACAGACACGAAUGUGCUAGAAACAAACACAUCAGAAGAACCACAACUGGUGACAAAGUUAGCAAAUGCUUUGGCACAAUUGAGUGUAACAUUUUCAGGCUAUGUAAGAGAUAGCCAACUGAGAAACAUCACUGACAGUUUUUUUGAUCGAGUGACAGAACUUGUCCCUGAUGCCUCAUUAACUAGUAGUCUUGAGGAGGUUGCAGAUAAAUUUCUAGGGUUGAUGGAAUUGCCACAGACAUCAGCAAUAUAUGAUCAAAUUAGCCAAUUAAGUCAGCGCCUCGUGAAGAUUCUUGGGGAAGGUCAACAAAAUGUUUCCCCUCGGUUAUUUGGCUGGCAAGAACGCCUCUCCGCAACCAUAGAAGAACUCCAGAAGCAGCUGGAGCUGAUUAUUAGUUAUGAUUGGGACUUUGACCAUUACCUGGAGGAGGAUGUACCUGCAGCGAUAGAUUAUAUAAAACAGCAGAGUGUACCCAAGGAUGGAAAAUUGCUUGCUAUUGGUCAUUCUAUGGGAGGAAUCUUGUUGUAUGCAAUGGUUUCGAAGUGUGGAUUCGAAGGGGCUGAUCCAGAGCUGGCAGCUAUUGUUACUCUGGCCUCAUCAGUUGACUACACAACAUCCAACUCCUCGCUCAAGUUAUUUGUGCCUCUUGCAGAUCCAGCUGAGAUGUUGCGUGUUCCUGCUGUCCCUCUAGGAACAUUACUAUCAACCACUUAUCCUAUAUCAUCUCGUGCACCAUACAUAUUGUCACUGCUACGCUCUCAAAUUUCAGCCAAGGAUAUGAUGGAUCCUGAACUGCUUUCAAAGCUCAUCUUGAAUAACUUCUGCACAGUACCAGCAAAGGUGUUAUUACAGUUGGCGACCUCAUUCCGUGACGGUGGGCUGCGAAACAGGGCUGGUACUUUUUUCUUCAAAGAGCAUUUAGGGAAAAUCAAAGUUCCGGUGCUUGCCCUUGCUGGAGACGAGGAUCUGAUUUGCCCCCCAGAAGCUGUUUACGAAACCGUGAAAGUAAUUCCUCAGCAUCUGGUCACCUAUAAGGUUUUUGGCAAACCUGAAGGCCCUCACUAUGCACAUUAUGACCUGGUUGGAGGGCGGAAGGCUGUCCAUGAAGUGUACCCUUGCAUAAUAGAGUUCCUCUCUCAACACGAUGGUGUGUCUUCUUAA